AUGCGGAAAUAAAAUUGUAUUGUGGGAAAUGUGACGUCACUGGCGUAUAGGAAGGAAAAGGAUGCCGCUUGAAGAUAUUUUGCGGAAAAAGACCUGAUUUACUAUUAUUUUCCCAUAUUUAAUCUACGGCGUAACAGACGUUAAUAACUGAAGUUUCAUUUAGAAUGUCAGUUUUUUUGUGCUGUAAUUGCCAAAACGAAAUUUCCGGUCAUGGGGUAAAAUGCACAGACUGCAAAGAUAUCGACCUUUGUUUACAGUGCUUUGCGCUGGGUGCAGAAGUCGGUUCUCACAGACAUGAUCAUCAAUACAGCAUCACUGCAUCACUCAAGUCGGGUCCCAUUGUCGGAGCAUUCAACUGUGAGGUGCCAUGGACGCUGGCAGAAGAAACUAUGCUACUGGAUGCUGUGGAACAGUAUGGCUUUGGAAACUGGGAAGAUGUAUCCAACCAUGUAGAGAGUAAAAGUCCAGAACAAAGUGAAUAUCACUACAACUUGUAUUAUAUUAAAGGAAAUAUUGGAAAAGUUACCUACAGGUUUGAUCCGACACCUAAGGUUACAGAUCACACUUGCCCAGAUGGUCCGCUUUCUCCCAGUAUUUCCACUCCAGUUAACCCAGUUGAUCUCACCCUACCUGAACAACAUGCUCUCGGCUACAUGCCACUCAGAGACGACUUUGAACGGGAACAUGACAAUGAAGCGGAGACCCCAGUGAGCUGUUUGAUGGUGAACUAUGAUGACGACGACUUAGACAUUGCAAUAAAACUAGCUCAGGUGGAAAGCUAUCGGUUACGACUACGUGAAAGGGACCGUAGAAAACAAAUGGCCCGCCAGUACGGACUGAUAGCUGAGUCAGCACAGUCUGCCGCCCAGGCCAUUGCUGCUGCCUUGCCAGGAACCAAACUUGCCAAAGUUGUCAACCCAAAGUCACCCGCUGUGAAGAGGAAAGAGCGGAAAGUCGACAAGGAGUUUGAAGAGAGGAUGAAGCCCUUUGCCCAGUGUCAUUCCUGUAAAGAACACAUGGAGCUACUGGACAAUCACCAAAAAGAAAAAGAUCUCAAAACUAGAAUCAAAGAACUCGUGCAUUUACGAAAGAAUGGUAUCACCAAACUUGAAGAAGUUCAAAAGUUUGUGGAUGAAAGAUUGAAAAGAGACAAAAAGAAAGAUACCAAAUUUAAAAAGCUAAUGAACAGUUCGCAGAUCAGAAGACAUUCAAUGGUUUCAAGAAACAUAAGCGACGACGAAAACUUCGAUAUACUCAUAGACGAAAACGAAAAGCCCUUGUGUUCCGACUUAUUAAACAAAGAUGACAGUGACUUCAAGAUUGUGAAGGAGAUGUCGCAGUGCCCCGGUUAUGACCUGCUCUCCGGGAGGGAAAAAAGGUUAUGCAAUUCAAUAGGCAUGACUCCAGCCAAUUAUAUGACGGUUAAAACCUGCAUUGUGAAGGACUUCCUGCAGCAGCGUCGUCAAGGGUUCCCAGUGAAGAUCAGGUAUCCUAGCAACAUGGACAAGACCCAUCGGCGGCGCAUCAUGAGUUUCCUUGCUGAUAACGGCUGGAUCAGUCAUGUCUGAGGGCGGCUAGACAAGCAUUGCUGUGAUAUUUAAGUGUCCGUGAUUUUACUCAUUACCAAUCAGAUAUGCAGUUUUUAGCUCACAUGAGCACAACGUGCUCAUGGUGAGCUUUUGUGAUCGCCUUUUGUCCUGUCGUGCGUCCGUCGUCAACAUUUGCCUUGUGAACACUCUAGAGGCCACGUUUAUUGUCCGAUCUCCUAAACUUGGUCAGAACAUUUGUCCUAAUGAUAACUCGACCGAGUUCUAAAAUGGGUCAUGCUGAGUCAAAAACUAGGUCACUAGGUCAAAAAAAGGAAAAACCUUGUGAACACUGUAGAAGUCACAUUUGAUGCCCAAUCUUCAUGUAACUUUGUCAAAAUGUUUGUCUUGAUGAUAUGUUGGUUGAGUUCAAAAAUGGUUUCGGUCCAUUGAAAAACAUGGCCGCCAGGGGGCGUGGCAGUAUUCCUUAUAUGGCUAUAGAGAAACCUUGUGAACACUCUAGAAGUCACAAUUUUUGCCCAAUCAUCAUGAAACUUGGUCAAAACAUUGGUUUCAUUGAUAUCUCGGAAGAGUUCGAAAAUUGUCCAGAUCGGUGAAAAAAUAUGGCCGAUAGGGGGCGGGGCAGUUUUCUCUAUGUGUAUAUUGUGAAAACAUGUGAACACUCUAGAAGUCACAUUUUUGGUCCAAUCUUCAUGAAAUUUUGGUGAGAACAUUUGUUUCCUGGAUAUGUCGGUCGAUUUUGAAAAUGGUUUGGAUUGGUAAAAAACAUGGCCGCCAGGGGGGGGGGGGGUUCCUUAUGUUUAUAUAGUAAAAAAAGCUUGUGAACACUCUAGGAGUCACAUUUUUUGUCUUGAUCAUCAUGAAAUUUUGUCUUAACAUCUAUUUUAUAGAUAUCUCGGACCAGUUCGAAAAUGGUCAUGAUCAGUGAAAAAACAUGGCCACCAGGGGGCGGGGCACUUUUCUCGUAUAUUUAUUUGUAAAAAAAGCUUGUGAACACUCUAGAAGUCACAUUUUUUGUCCAAUCAUCAUGAAACUUGGUCAAAACAUUGGUUUUAUUUAUAUCUUGGUUGAGUUUGAAAAUAGACGUGAUCAGUGAAAAAACAUGGCCCACAAGCCCAAGGGGUGGGACAGUUUUCUCUAUACGUAUAUAAGAAAACAUGUGAACAGUCUAGAAGACAAAUUUUUUGCCCAAUCUUCAUGAAAUUUGGUCUGAAGAUUUUUUCCUGGAUACGACAGUUGAGUUCAAAAAUGGUUUUGAUCCAUCUGAAAAUGAACGCUUGGGGGGGGGGGGUCAUUUUCCUAGUGAACACUCUCAAAGUCACAUUUUUUGGCCAAUCAUCAUGAAACUUGGUCAAUACAUUGGUUUUAUUGAUAUGUUGGAUGAGUUUGAAAAUGGUCGUGAUCAGCGGAAAGACAUUGACUGCCAGGGGAUGGGGCAAUUUUCUCUAUAUGUAUCUAAGAAGCAUUUUCCUUAUAUAUAUAUUUAAAAAAAAUCUGGGUAUUAAAAACAUGGCAACCAGGGUGGGUGGGGUAAUUUUCUAUAUAGGCCUUUUGUGAAUACUUUGGAACACCUUAUUUUUAAAGUCAGUCUUCUCAUACCAAUAAUUUGAAAUAUUGGCCGAAGAGUUUUAAUCUUUGUUUUUUUUUCAUCUUAGUCUCUGAGGUGAGCGACCAGGGCCCUUUGGGGCCUCUUGUUUAAUGUGUGUGUUUUCCUUUAAAAAAAUAAAAUUAAAUUAAAGACCUUUCUAGUUUAAUAGAUUUUACGUUUUAAAGGCUUCAUUACCAGCUCUAAAGAUACUAAUAAGCAGCAAACAGCAUAAAACCUGAACAGACUGUGAGUUACUCGCAGGCUAAUUUGCUUUAUUGCUGUUUGCAUACAGCCAUUUUCACUUUGAUCCUGAGAGAGAAAGGGUUAAUCAUCGACAGACUCUUCCAGAUUUGUGAUAGUCUUGACUGGAAUAUUUAUGUGAAAAUGAGGCAGAAUUUGAGAUUGUUGCAAGACUGUGUCUGGUUGGUAACAACACUAACUUAAACAGGUCUCAUGUAUGAAAUCUGUUUUAAGAUCUUAUUUCUUUUUAGCAACACUUGAAAGGAGUGUUUUCUGUUCAAUCUUUCAAUCAACAUUUAUUUAUUUUAUUUUAUUUUUUUGUUUAAGUAUCUAUGUUACAGUUUUUUCAUAUUAGAGCUUUUCAGUAUGAACUCUGCCAGUAACUACAUUUUUCGUUUAUCGACUAUUACGAAAAUCUUUAAGAAAAUGCUUCUGGCAAUACUGUCUUUCUAAAAUACAGCAACAAAUGUGAAUGCUCAUAAAAGUAUUUAAGUGUAUUACUAUUACUUAUUAUGUCCUGCUUUUUGUGCUUCUAUAUAAAAAUAAAAACUAGGUCAUAUUAAACAUGAAUGAACAUGCCUAGCUUAUUGUCCCCUACUGGUUUCACCAAAGGGGACUUAUGGUUUGCGCUCUGUGUGUCUGUCUGUCUGUGAGUCUGUCUGUCACACUUUUCUGGAUCCUGCGAUAACUUUAAAAGUUCUUAAUAUUUUUUCAUGAAACUUGAAACAUGGAUAGAUGGCAAUAUGGACAUUAUGCACGUCAUUUAAUUUUGUUCCUACGUCAAAAAUUCUAGUUGCUAUGGCAAAAAUAGACUAGAAAUACUGCUGAAAGUGGUGGUUUUCUGGAUCCUGCAAUAACUUUAAAAGUUCUAAAUAUUUUUUCAUGAAAUUUGCAACAUGGAUAGAUGGCAAUAUGGACAUCAUGCACGUCAUUUCAUUUUGUUCCUACAGUCAAAAAUUGUGGUAUUUUUUCUGAAAAUGGUGGAAUUUCUGACAAUGGUGGAGCCGGUAGGGGACCAUAUUGCUUGACAAUAGCCUUGUUGGACCAUAAUAUGCACACUUUCGUAACACAGUGCCUAUUAUAAAUUGACAGAAUUUACAGCUGCAUAAAUAUUGUUACAAACCCCACAAGAAAAAGCUGUAUUUGUCUGUAUAUGUUAUGUCUGUUGUCUCAAAACAUUACACAAUCAUUGCAAAUAUUAAUUCAUGUUCAUGGUUGUAUAAGUCUGACUUGAGUAUCUCUGUUACCAUAAUGGAAGUGCAUUAACUAUCAUUCAGUAUUUUUCAUUGUGUUAUUUGAGUUUGUUUGCAUAUUUUUAUGCCCCUCCUCCCCCCAAAUUUGUGUGGGUCUAAGAAUUGUUUUUUUUUGUAAGUAUCUUGUUUCAAUGUCCCUAGUUUCCUCUAAUGUUUUGAUGCCAGCCUUUGACUAUUUUAUUAUCUCUUCUGCCCGAAUAAAGUUUACCAAACAAUGAAACGUUUUGUUCAUCAAUAAUGUUUUUACGAAGCUUUUAUACUUGAAUAGAUGAUGUCUAUAAACACUAUCAAUCUACCCACAUUACCUGACCUCAUGUUGACCUUGAUAGUGACCCACUUUUAUUCAGGUCAAAAUUCUUCAUUAAGCCAAAAUGGCCCUCUUGUUUGUCUUACAUCAAUACCCAUAGCUACAAAGUGGGAUACUUGAAUGGUUUGAACACUAUUGACACACGGACGUUACCUGACGUUAUUUUGCUAUUGAUAUUGACCUACAUUUGGACCAAGACUUAUUCAGUAGGGUUCAAAUUCGUGGUUUACUAUAGAGGAUAUAUUUGGUCUAACAUCAGUACCACUUGCUAAUCAUCGUUGCUACUUAUAUGGUUACUAACUAUGGACUCUCUGAAUGCUCACACAUCACUGGCCUAUUGUUGACCUUGACAUGGAUCUUCUCUCAGACAAAGUCCUAUUUUAAUCAAUUCUUACAAGGCUUGAAUGGGGGAGCAUAGGCGUUAAUUGAAUGCAGCAUCUUGUUUUAUUGUAUUAAUUAUUUUACCUGGGUGCAUAUUUCUACUGACCUAAGCAGUUGAAUAGCACUUUCAUUUAGCAUAAUAUGUUACAUAUAAGAUGCAUGUUGCUCACAGUGUAUAACUGUAGAUUGUUCUCAGGUAUGGGGCUUUGAAUCAGAAUUAUUUAACUAGUGUCAAAUAUGAAGCAAAAUGUUUACUGUGAUUUAACUUUUAUGACAUAUAUAGAAGCGUUGGGACACAACACCUCCAUAUAAUUAUUUUGAGUUAUUUAAUAAGUUUUGUGUCAACUUGUGGAAUAAGAAUUUUUUCACAAUCCAAACAUUUGACUUUCCUUUCAUAGAAAAAUUGUGUUUUUACAUUAGAUGUUUGUAAUUGAAUGUUUACCUCUUUUCCUUUUGUUGGUUGGCUCAAUACAUUCUUUAAAAUGAUCAUUUAGAUGCAGCAUAUAUGAUGUUGUUAUGCUACUUUCUUCAAUUUUAAGUUGAAAGCAGUGUUUGAUGCAUAUACUUGUAGCAUGUAUAUAUUUUAUGUAAAUUAUUUAUUGUAAGUCAUUAAAAUUAAUAAUAAUUUGUGUUUUUUUACUUUCCAUUUUUACACUGAUUUUGUUGCUGAAAUCUUUUCCAAUAUUAAUUUUCAGAAAUAAAUUUGUAUGUGAUUGACUUUUGAAAUGGAAAUUUAUCAUGACUUUUGUCUUGUAUAAAAAUUGAAUUUAUUGAGAAAAAACACGUUUACCUUAAUUCAAAUGAUUAAUGAUCCGGGAUAUUUAUUAUUUAACCAAAUGUAAUAUGACAUUUGAAAAUAAGAUAUAACAACUUUAGAUAGGGACAUUUAUUCGGUAAAGAAGAUUGAAAAUAAUUUCCAGACAUACAUUAAUCUUUGAUCAUCGUGAAAUUAAAGCACAUGCAAUGUUUAUUGUUAAUAUACAUGAAACUUUUUAUUUUGAAUCACUUUGUAUAGUUUGUUUAAGCACUGCUAAUUGUUGUGGUCUGUUUGUAAAAUAUGUUAAAAUUUGAGCGGAUUGCUUAAUUUCCUUUCAAAAAGAAAAGCACUGUUGUUGAUAAAGAACUAUAUGAGCCAGUUUAGUGUUUGGUUUAGAGUUAAUUAUCAAAAUCUUGAUUGUUUCAAUUGACAUUAAUUUCUUGUUAAAAUCUUUAUUUCUGUUGAUGACAUGAUAUUUGUUGUUGUUUUUUCAUGGAAAAGCCACUCUUAAUGCAUGAUGAGUUGUCCAGUAUCAGUCACUCUUAAUACCUGAACAUGAUGAGUUGUCAGUCAGUGUAGUCUGGUUCUAAACACAUCUGAGUGUGAAGUGCUCAAGGUGACCUAUUGUGUUCACCCUGUCCAGUUAUCAUUUUGUGGUGUAGUAGUCUUGAUGAAACUUUGUCAAUAUGUGUCUUGUUCUUAGACAACUGGGCAUAAUGCAUGUGCGUAAAGUGUCAUCCCAGAUUAGCCUGUGCAGUACGCACACUUCUGCUUAAAAUAUAUUUUCGGUAAAAAGGGACUUCCUUUAAACGAAAAAUACCAUUAAAGCGGAAAGUGUCGUCCCUAAUUAGCCUGUGCGGACUGCACAGGCUUAUCUGGGAUGACACUUUACGCACAUGCAUUUUGCCCAAUUUUCACAGAAUAAGACACAUAUGAACAUCUUGCCAUUUUCAAAGCUUAGCUCAAAUCUUGGUCAUGUGUGUUGGUCUACUUUGGCCUUGAAACACGUUAGUGUUUCACAAAAGCACAGCUUUGAGACAAAAGUGGAAAUUGGGGCAACUAGUACCCUAUGGACACAUGUCGUGUUCUUUUAGGUCUAUCAUAUUAUUCUCUUACUGAGUUCUUGCCUUCUAUAGAUCUGUCUUUAACAAUUCUGUGAACUCAGUUGAGCGCUAAAGGGCCAUCUGGUAUUUUUUGUCAUUUCUUACUUUAACUUCAGUAGGCUGAACAUUCCGCCUUAUUUUGACUUUUAUAGUCUGCACUCUCUAGUUCUCAUAAUACUUGUGCAUUUAAACCUGUGUUCCAAUAAAACUUCUCAUUUUGAUUCCAGAACACCUUCAGAUAGACAGUGAAGUUUAAUAAUUUGUGUGCUGUGAGAUAAAAAUUAGACAUAUUGAGCUAGACUGCGUUCUAUCAUGUUGAUAAUCUGUUAGAUGGUUGGUGUUCUUGAUGUAUAAGUGGUUGUACCGUUUUCCUGAUUAAUUGCAAUCAAACUGUUCAUUGAUGUUUGUUUAUAUUUUAUACCUGAUUUAAUCAAUUUUUAUAUUUAUUUGUAUGUGUAAGGGCAAAAUGCUCUUGAAUUAUAAUAUAUAUACAAUAAAAAAAAACUUUAAACAAAA